UAUUCAUAUAGUAUAUAUUUUAGUAAACAACUUGACGGUUAGAAGAAGUUCUCUUUCCUUUUGGUAGUCUUUGUAUGAAACCAACAUCAUGAUAUUGGUAACGCUACUGUUCGUAUAUAUUUUUUCUACUGUGACUGCUCUAUCGCAGUCCCAAUCAGAUGGCUGCCUAUAUAAUCUGCCAAUGCCGACAAAGCCUGAUCCUGAGGAUUGUGUUGGAUAUUUUGCACUUUACGAUAAUGAAUACAUACAACAAUAUUGUCCACCAGGUGCAAAAUACAGCGAUGCUUUGAGUUGCUGUAUAAUAGGGCGUUGCCCCCCAUGCAAUUGUCAAACAACAACCACAAUCUCGUCAGACUCUACAACUUCUGGAAAUGAUUGUAGCAGUGUCGAGACAACUUUUGCUACUAGCAGCAAUACAAUAAGCGACUUCACAAACGAUUCUACUGAAGAAACCACAGGUUCCUCUUUUGAAGAUAGCAGUACUGAAUCUCCUCAGUCAUCUUCGACAAGUUCGAGUUCAACGGAUUAUUCCACUGAUACUUCUCCCAAUAGCGAAGACACAACGAAUUUGUCAACUGAAACAACGCUUAUUACAAAUGCUUCAGAUGGCACCACUUCCAAAACAGAGAUCUCCAGUGACACGCCAACCAGCGAAGAAACUUCGACAAUGACAAGUUCGACCAAUGGUCAGCCGGAAACACCUCCAACUGUUUCCACUGAUUCCACAACAAAUACUGAUAACCCCAUAACAUCACCUGAGCCUCCGGGUGGGAAAACAACUACUAAGGAUACCACAACAGAUUCAACUCCAGCUGUGACUUCCACAACGGAGAUUACUACGGAUCUUACAACGACCACUACAUCAUUAACGCCUACCACAACUGAUUCUACUCCAGCUGUAUCUUCCUCUACAGGUCAAACAACAACAACUGUCCCAGCGCCUCCAUCAUGCGAAAACUUGAAAACAGGAACGUUCCUUCCUGAUCCAGUUGACUGCAACCGUUAUUAUGUAUGCAGUUAUGGACAAGCUAUACUGAUGCAUUGUCCGCCGACACUUUGGUUUGAUGUAAAACUAAACGUGUGUAACUAUCCUGAAAAAGUAACAUGUGAUGCGAGUGGUCGUCCUGAAACAUCUCCAGAUUUUACAACCACAACUACACCCAGUACGCCUACCACAACUGAUUCUACUCCAAUUGUGACUUCCACAACGGAGAGUUCUACGGAUCCUACAACGACCACUACAUCAUUAACGCCUACCGCAACUGAUUCUACUCCAGCUGUAUCUUCCUCUACAGGUCAAACAACAACAACUGKCMCAGCRCCWCCAUCAUGCGMAAACUUGAAAACAGGAACGUUCCUUCCUGAUCCAGUUGACUGCAACCGUUAUUAUGUAUGUAGUUAUGGACAAGCCAUACGAAUGCGUUGCCCGUCGACGCUUUGGUUUGAUGUAAAGCUAGACGUUUGCAACUACCCAGAAAAUGUAACAUGUGACACGAAUCAGAACUUAAUGGAAGUUCGUGAAGUUGAAAAGAAUUGUGUUGAAAUACAAAUAUUAAGAAAUAGAGCAAAUCGUUGCAAUUUUUUGGCUACAAAUUUGGAUAAAUUGGAGAAAAUGCGAUAUCAAAUGAUUUUAAUGGCAUUCAUUUUAAUGUUACUUUACUUACGUGUAACAAACGCAGAAAUAUUUGAAGAAUGUAAAAAUGAGCCUGACGAUACAUUUGUAAAGAGUUCACAGAGUUGUCAAAUGUAUAUAUAUUGUAAUGGUGACGAUUCCUAUUCAGGAGAAUGCGAUGAAGGUCAAUAUUUUGAUGGUGAUGCUUGUGACGAUGCGGAAAAUGUUUAUUGCUUUUUGGAUGACGUUGGCGAGUCAGAUCCUGAGGACCCGGAAGAAACUGGGCCAGCUGAUACAACGAGACCAACCGCUGCAACAACGACCGAAACUCCACAAAUAACCACCAAUAAUGAUUUGAGUACAAGCACUUUAGAACCGAUUGUCGUUGCGCCAAUGGUAAGAGAUCACUGUCCCACGGUCGAGGAUCCACAAACAAUCGUAUUCACGGCGAAUACUCAGUCUUGCACAGGCUAUUAUCUUUGUUAUCACGGUCAAGCCAUUGAAAUGCGUUGUACGGAUAAUUUACACUUCAAUAUACAUACCGCUAAAUGUGAUUUUCCCGAAAAUGUGCAGUGCAUGAUCGAUCGACCAAAUGCGAAUAAAUGUUUACCACAGGUCACCGACUUCUUUCCGCAUCCACAGAAAUGUAAUUAUUUCUAUUACUGCAUCAAAGGUUUUCUAACGGUGCAGCAAUGCCCUUUUUAUUACGGAUGGGACAUUGAAAGGCGUUCUUGUGUGCUUCUUGACCAGGCAAAAUGUUUUGAAGGCUCGAGGCGUGCAUGAGAAAGGUGGAUGCGUAAAUGAACUAUAUAUGUAUACAUAAAUGCACAUCUACUUAUUUCGAUAUAGAUAUUAA